AUGCAGGCGACAGGAAAGAGGCUUAUCCAAUACGUUGGCAACGUUGCCUUGGCGGAUAUUCAAAACGCUACGCAUCGAGAAGCUGUGUCUACUUUCUGCGCAAAGAUUGAGCAAGAGAAUCCGAGGGUGAAGAAAGCCGAAAUUAAGGGCUCGCAACCUCAUAAAUCGCAUGAUGACCCGGAGGACAAACUGAAUGUUAUCAGCGUCAGGUUCAAAGACGAUGUCGAUAUCGGACUCGGCACAGCUCAUGUUCAUGAAGAUGGAACUGGGAAGGUGAGGUGGAAUAAAUGGAAGAAGUGA